GAGGAUAGCAGCUUGUGUGCGCCCUCUGGUUUUUACACCGCGGGUUCUUCUUCCAGCUCCAGGUUGUGUCGCCUUUGGCCAACAAGCCAUGGCCCGGUUCUUCCUGUGCUUGGCGGCGGCAGCGUGCUGCCUUGUGUUGCUGGUUCCUCCGGUUCAUGGGCGCCUUGGCAUUGGUCGGGCCGGUGGGCUUGGUGCGGCGAACCGGCACACGGCGGCGGAGGAGCAGCAGCGCGGCACGGCGGUGAAGGCCGCGUCGUCGGCGUGGUCAACGUCGUGGACAGCGGCGGCGGCGUCUGGGAGGGUGAGGCCGGAGCUGCGGUCCGUGCCGGGGGGCCCGGACCCGCUGCACCACCACGGCAGCCCGUGGCGGCCGGAGCUGGAGCCGACCACCCCGUGA